UACAUGCAGACCCUUGCGGGGUGAUAAUGACGCUUUACGGCAUGCUAUUGAGUUCAUUCCAGUUGUGAAACUGAGGGUUCAAGGCAGAGCCCGCAAGGUUGCUUGCAAGAUCAGCUGGCAUGUGACAAGCAUGGGGCAAUGAGCUUUGGUAGUCACAGUGCCCAUGGACACGCUGGCCGAAGUCCAUACCCAGCUGCAUCACCAUCACCAAUAGUGUGCCCCCCAUGUGCGGCACAAGUAUAUAGCGACACAGCCAAGAAGUGGUUGCCAGCCACUAUUUCUGUCAUUGACAUCGGUGGCGCUGCAGUGACUGUAAGAUACAGCCGCGAUGGAGAUCUUGUGGAAAAAGUCUUGCCGUUGGGCCAUUCACAUUUGCAGCUGGCGUGCCGGCCUGUAUGCCCAGAAGGUGUGAAGUGCAGAUUGAGGCACAAGAAGCACCUUGGCUGUUUCGCGCAUCCAUUUGAUUUGGACUAUCAGCGAUCUUGUUCACACUUUGGGGUGCACUUUGAGAUGCCAUCUUUGCGGGAUUUGUUCACAUGGGUUGAUGCCGACAGCUCGGGGAAGAUCUCAAAGAAAGAGCUUCAAGAUGCGCUGCCGCUUCUGGAAAAGUUGCAAAAUAAGCUCCUCACGCUCACAGAAGACUUUUGGCACAAGCUUGACAAGGACGGUAAUGGUGCCGUGAACUUUUUCGAGUUUGCGCAGUGGGCUGAAGAUGCAGAUCAUUUCGGCCUUCCAACGGGCAUCGACCGAGUUCUUGCACCAAGUGCUUGUGCAGUACCAGCCUGUCGUUGUACUGGCUUUCGCCCAAUGGAAAGUCUUACAAGAGCAGAGGAGUGGUGCGCGAUCGAGAGAAUCGAGGGAGGCAAAAAGGACAUGAAGCAUGGGAAGGACAAGACGGAUUUGCAUGGAAGGGCCUUGACUGACCGUAUGGCAGAUCGUUUGCAGACGUGCCACUGCGGUCACAAGCAAAUGGUGCACCGCGUGCAGACUUUCCACACCAGUGCAUGUCCACGUCACUGGACUUCAGGCACUGGAGACAAGGCGGAGCCUAAAGUCCUGCCACUAGAAAUUGAGCAUUUGGGAUGGCUGCAGCAACUGGUGAGCAGCACAUACAGCAGCAUUUGGACCCGUGACAGGCGGAAGCAUCAUCCGGAGAAUCCAAACGUUCCACAAGGCUUUCACAUUGUCCGUGGAUUUCGUGUUGAAAACAGCCGGAGCUGGCAAGAAUACUGCCACAGGCGAGCUGAGCUCCUGAAUGACACAAGAGAACGCCCUGUGCACUGCUAUGAUGUCCUAACGCGAAAUGGAUGGACGCAAUAUGCGCACCAUUUUGGAUUGGAAGAACUUAAGCAUAGGUGCAAUGAAUGGAUGCUAUUUCACGGAACUUCACCAGAAGCUGCGCGGAAUAUCUCGAAGAGUGACUUCCGCAUGAGCCUUGCAGGCGGGAGCACUGGCACCCUCUACGGUCGAGGUACAUACCUUGCGGAAUCCUUCACAAAAGCGGACGAGUACUCCAAAGCAGCACGCGACCCAAAGACUGGUCGAAUGGAGUAUGCCAUGUUGCUCGUCCGAGCCUUGGGUGGUUACGUGCGCUAUUGUGAUGAAGCAGAGCCAAAUGCGCAGGAUUUGACCCGUAGCUGUAUAGAAGGCCCCUAUGAUUGUGUUCUGGGAGAUCGUCAGAAAUGUCGAAAUACUUACCGUGAGUUCGUUUUCUUCGAUACUGAAAACCUUUACCCAGAAUACAUCCUGAUCUACGAGCAUGUCCGCGCUUGAAGAUAAAAGGAGAUGGACAAAAGUGCAAGGCAGCGUGGCAGAUGACCUUCACUUGGGACUCAUUCGAUGCUUGUAGAUUGUACUUUUCUGCAGAGCAAUUGUGGAGCGAUGCCAGGUGUGGACACUUUUUCCAUCGGAUGUGCUUGCGUCGUCACCUCCGGUCGUCCAUUGGGGCUGACAGCCCCGACAGCGAGCCUGAGAUGCAUUGAUUGCUGCAGAUGGAUCCGCACUUUUCACUUCCCCUCACUUCCUCAGGGGGCUAAUGCACAAACCUAGGCAAAUCUCCACGCGAUACAUGAUAAUGUGAUAUAAUGUGUUCAAUUGGUUUCGGCCAUUUUUGAAGAUGUUUCGCAACUCCGGCCGGUGUCCUCAGGGCGCUUGCCCAAAUUGUCGAACUGCCAAUGCUGCUUUGGGCACCUCGAAUUGCCGGGCCAAACCGCUCUCAUGGCAGGUGGCCCAGGCAGUGGUGCACAGCUCUGUCUUCCUGAUCCAGGCCGUACUGAAGCUUCAAGACCUGCCAGACGCUUCGGUCAUAUGAUGAGAGACAUGAAGUUUUGUAUUGCAAAGGAGAAGGACAUGAAUUGUCAGAACUUCAAUGGAAUCAAGACAGGCGCGUUGCGGAGGCAAGUCGGCCGCGCUCACUCAACUCAUUCGUUUUGCUGUGCCUUGUACAAAGAGUCUUGAGAUGGUGAUAGCGAUCACCGGCUGCACGGCAGCACGAAAAGUUUUGUUUGUUGGAUCAGCACCACAGCCUUGACA